AUGCAUCCGUUCCCUGCAUUCGUCCCCAACUGCAGGAUCAACAAGCCGCGCGAGCAGCAGGCGCUGAUGGACGUGCAGCUCGGCGCGCAGCCUAAGACCACACGAGCAGCAGGCGCUGCUGGACGUGCGGCUCGGCGCGCAGCCUGUGGACUCGUGCUCACCUCGCAGAUCUGGAAGGAGGAGGGAGAGAAGGAGGGGAGUGAGGGGGCGGGGUGGAUAGUCGGGGUGAAGGAGUGUGAAGCUGAAGGAGAAGAGGGGCCCAGUGCAGAGGCGAGGAAAGAAAAGGGGGGAGUAGUGGCGGAGGAAAAAGGGGUGGGAGGGUGGAGGUACGGAAAACGGGCUGUGCUGGCAGCUAUGGCGAUGGAGGCAGCACAGGAGGUGCUGCCACGUGUCAAGCAGGCAUUGGAGCAGAUGCGGGCCGGGAAUGGUGGGGGUGGAGAUGCAGCGUGGCUGCAGGGGUUGGUGCAGCAUGAGAGGGUGUGUGGCGGCAUGGUGUCAGCAGAUGGGGAGAACGCUCCCAAUGAGAUGGCCGUCUCAGCAUGCGAUGCAGCGCUGCACACCAAAUGGCUGCACCAUGAGGGAGGGAAAGGCAAUUUUUGCCUCUCUCGCCUUGCCUUCCGGCAACCACUCUUCACGGGGAAGUGGGACAGCCAGAGAAGAGAGGAGCUGGGGGUAGGAACACCGACGUUCUACCCGUGA